AUUCGCUUUGUAGAGAAAAAAAAAUAAAAACCAGCGCUAGUUGUGCCUUGUGCGUGCUGUGCUAUUAUUUUGUUGGGCACUUUUCGCGGUCGUCGCGAAUCGUGUGCGUUCUUUCUUCAUUUCGCGUUUUCUCACCUUCCGUUCGUACGCGAUGAUGAUAAAUAACGAUGUUGAUUUACUAUACACGGCAAUUGUAGAAACGCUAUAAUUGAGGUUUCACAAUCGUGAGCAGACCAUGUAUAAUGGAAUCGGUUUGGCCACAGCCCGUGGUUCGGGCACCAAUGGCUAUGUGCAGCGCAACUGGGCUGUCAUUAGGAAAGUCAAGGAUCAGACAUCGUUCAAGACCGAAGAGGAACUGGCCAAAAUUGAUUCGGCUGCCAACCGUCAGCCUAACCAAGAGCUGUUGGACCAUGAUCGCAAGCGAAAAGUCGAGUUGAAAUGCAUUGAACUUGAACAGUCAUUGGAAGACCAAGGUUACUCUCAAGAUGAAAUUAUCAAAAAAAUCAAUAAUUUUAGAGUUACAUUGCUAGGCAAACAAAAGUCUGGUACUGAAUAUGAUGAAUGUGGUAGACCUAUUUUAAAGGAUACUCAUCAAUUUGCUGAUGAACAAUUAAAAAAGAAUGCAAGACUUAGAGACGCCUUUGGUAUAUCAGAGUUUUUUAUUGAAGGUUCUAGUUUAGAUCCAGAAAGAAAAACAAAAGAAGCAGCACUAGCCCAGUUAAAGGCAUUACAGGUAUUACAGGUGAAUCAAACAGUUGCACAAACACAAUUGAAUGAUGACACCUCAACAAAUAAAGACAGCAAUAUAACAAAUGAAUUACGGUCUAAAAGUCCUAAACACAAAAAACGAAAGAAAAAGAAAUCAAAAUCUCAUAAAACUGACAAAGAAAAGGGAAAUGACAAGAAAAAAUCAAAAAAACAUAAAAGAAAACACAAUUCGUCUUCAGAAGAUAGUCCAAAUAGAAAUGAAUCAAAACUCAGCAAAAAUUCUUCUCAAGUAAAAUCUAAGUAUGAUGAUGAUAAACCUUAUAAAGUGAUCGCUGAAAAUAAUAAUAAAAAAAAAGAGCCUGAAAAUAACCAUAAAAAGCACUCUAAAGAUUAUGAUAAAAAAGAAGUAGAAAAUAAAUAUAAAAGUGAUCGUGAAGAAUAUCGUAAAAAAGAUUCUAAAUCAGAUAAUUCUAAAAGCUCAAGAAAAGAUAAAAUAACUGAAGAAUCGCAUAAAUCAAAAUCUAAUAAGAAUAUUUAUGAAACUAAAAAACAAGAUCAUUCACCUAGGCAUAAAACACCAGUAAAAGAACGAGAUAGAGAUAAAUAUUCCUAUAAACAAAGAAAAAGUGAUAAUAGUAAAUCAAAUAAAGAUAAAUCUGAUAAAAAAUCUGAUAGAAUUGAUUCAAAAUACAGUUAUAAAAAAAAGAAUUUAACUCCUGUUAAAGAACUGAAAAAACCAAUUAUUCAAUAUGAAAAAUUAACUUGCAUAUCUUCUGAUAGUGAUAAAUCAUGUUAUACACCACCUCCCAAGAAUAUGAAUGUUAAGUAUACUAAAUCAAGUCAAUCAAAAACUAAUGAAGAAAAAAAUGUAAAGAAUACCAAAUACACAUUUUCAUUACGUGAAGAUAGUGAAGAUCGCUUAGUAGUAACAAAAGCUAAUGGCCAAACAGAUCCUAAUCUAAAACAGAAACCUACAUCAAAUGAUAGUGAAAAUCAACAUAAAAAAUCUGAGUCUCAAAAUUCUAAUGAUCGAAUAGAUAAAGUAUUUUUAGAGUCUAGUUCAAGUGAAGUAGGUGAUUUAGAAGAAGAUAUUGAUUUAAAUAUUAUUAAAGAAAUCACUACAGAAAAAAUUAAAAAAGUAUUUGAGUUGCAUGAAAAACAAGAGCAAGCAUUGCUCCAUCUAAAAAAGAAACUAAUGGAGAAAAAACUUAAAGUAAGAACUUCUUCCAGUUCAAGUGACAGUUCAGAUGCAGAGCCUGUCAAAAAAAAAAGUAUUAAGCGGAAACAUGUUCGAGAUUCUUCGUCCAGUAUCAGUGAUAUAUAUAAAAGAAAAAAAUCCAAACGCUCACGUUCUAGUAGCAGCAGUAGUGCAAGUGACACAAGUAUUGACCAUCAUAAAACAUCAACAAAACUACACUCAAGUGACAAGUAUUCUAAAAAAAAAUCACCUUUAUUGAGUCAUCGCACUAAAGGUAGUAUGUCUCGAUCACGAUCUGCAUCUUUGAGCUCUAAUGAACGUUCACGGAAAAAACGAGUUUCUUCAAGUGAGGAAUCAAGUCCUAGACGUAAGCAAAAAUCUUUCAAACGCAAACAUUCAUCUCGAAGACAAAGGAGCAGUGGCAGUAGUAGCAGCAGUAGAUCAUCAUCGUCUUAUAAAAAAAAAAGACGUUAUAGCUCAAGUCUUUCACGUUCUACAAGUAGUUCAUCAAGCAGUCAUUACUCUCGCAGUUCUAGUUCUAGCCAUGACUCUAGCAGUUCUGUAUCUAGCCGUAGUUCAAAGUCUCGAUCUGCAUCUAUACCUAGGCGACGAGGGUCGCCUAGUUUUUUGGAUCGAAGACGAAUUACAAGUGCGAGAAAAAGACCUAUCCCAUACACAAGACUAACGCCGUUUUCCACCAAUUCCGAUACGGAUAGUGUCAUCAGCGUGCACGACUCACCAUUUGCUGAGCCACUAACUGGGAACUAAUUUUAUGUAUACUUAUGUGAUUUGUUAUAGUGCAAUAACCAUUAGGCUAACAAUUAACAUAUAAGUUAUCUAACUCCUAGUCAAAUGUUUUUGGAGUGUAAACUAACUAUUUCCAUAAUUUUAUUAUUAUUUUAACCUUCCUAGAAAAUAUAUUAGCAAUUAUAUUGCUGACAUUCCAUUUAGUAUAAUUUCAUGAAUUAAGUGAACGGUAUCUAGUCAAGAAUCUAAGUCAUUUUUUGCUCGCGCCUUAUAUUGUUUUAAUAAAUUGUGAUAUUUAA